AUGUCGCUUCUAGAAUUCACCGAACACUUCUCUCACGUGAAAGCCGCCUCCGAAAAUGUCCACAACUGCAAAAUCUGCCCCUACUUCACCACCUCUUUUUUCGUAAUGGUCAACCACGUCCGACGCCACUACUCAUCAUUACAACGUUUUAACUGUAAAAACUCCAAAAUAGAAUUUUAUUACUGCAAAGACUGCAAUUUUCGAACGGAACUAACCCGUCUUUUCCAGCAACAUCUCCGCGAUCACCACAACACCAACCACUCGGAAAAUUUACCCAACGAAGACUCCAUCGACAAGUACGUUUGUGACAAGUGCGCCUUCGAGACCUAUUUCUCGUUGAAGUGGCUUCACCACACCUUGGCAUGUUUGCGCAAACCUAAACCAAAGUGUAGCUUGAAAACAGACACCGAGUUGUACCAGUGCGCCUUGUGCGAAUUUAAAACCAAAUACAAGGCGUCUUUGAGGGGCCACACGAACAACAAGCAUUGCAGUGGCCCCAAGUUGGACGUUACGUGGCACGGGUGUGCGCAGUGUCCGUACAAAACCAAGCACAAAUCGGCACUGAGGUCACACAUUAACAAUCACCAUCUGGAUGAAAAGGACGUGAAACGGUACAAUUGCAGCCACUGUCCGUUCAUCACAAAGCACAGAGGGUCGUUGAGGACACACAUAAACAUUAACCACUUGGACGAAAAAGCCACGAAAUGGUUUGAAUGUGACAAGUGUCCAUAUAAAUCUAAAGAACGGUCAGGAUUGAACCACCACACCGACGCUGUCCACUCGAACAAGUGGCACCAGUGCCAGGACUGUAUAUACAGGGCCAAAACGUCAAGACAGUUAAAAAAACACAUAAAUGCGCGCCACUUGCCCGAAAAAGACAUAAAAUGGUAUCGGUGUAAAGUGUGUCCACACAAAACUAAACGAAACUACGAUUUAAAAAAACACAUGAAAAUACGACACUCGCUCGACGAGAAUGUAGUGUAG